CCGGGUCGCGGGGGCUGCCGGGAGGCACCGCCGCACCGGACGGAAGCAGCGGCGCGCGGGCAGUUUGAAGGCGCAGCCAUGGCGGCGUCGGGGCAGCUGAGCGGCGCGAUGGGCAGCGUGGAGGACCAGGUGGAUCCCUUCUUCCUGCUCUGCCUGCGGGACCAGCUGAAGCAGCAGCUCAUGGAGUGCGGCGUUGCGCUUCAUGCCAGUCAGGGAAAUCACCUUGGUGGUGCUACUGAAGGAAAGUUUAUCACUUGUGCCCUGCAAGAUUUGGAGGAUGCAAAAGCUUCUUUCCUCAACAAGACAUUAGCCCUGCAAAGGAUCCAACUUACGACUGCCCUGAGAAACAAAAUUAAGGAAAAUGACAGUGGCUCACGAGUGAUCACAGAAAAUAUAUCCCACAUACUGACACUCUGCAAGAAAAUAAUGGAAUAUCAAGAGCAAGCACGUGAGAAGGAACAGAAAUUGGCUGACAUUAAAAGGAAAAGAUUCUCACUAAAAGAAGCCGCAAGACAGAAACUACUGCAAAUUCAAAGCACGAUGAAAAACCGAAAGGAGACACAAUCAAGUAUGGAAGCAAACAAAACCCUGGAGAAGAUGUUUAAAAAAUUACAAAAAGAAAGGCAGUUGACUUCAGUAAUUCAAAAUGUAUUCCAGGGUAUCAUAAUUGGAAGCAAAGUUAACUGGGCAGAAGAUCCAUCUUUAAAAGCAAUUGUUCUACAGCUUGAAAAAAAUGUUGAAUUUAUGUGAGUCAGGAGAAAUGUGUUUUGCAUAGUGCAUGUCACUGAUGUACUAAACUUGAUAGAUUACUAUGCAUAAUGAAAGUAUAGUUUAAGAAUUUGAAAAUUUAACCUUUCUGGAGGUUGUGGCUCUCUAGAAACGUAGAACGCACACACAUAGUGUAGCUGCUGAAAUUGCCUGAAGAGCCACUUAAUAGCUGUCCCAUCCCAAGCGCUCAUCCCCUCCUGAAAGGCAGCGGUAACACAAGAAAUAGUAAUAGUAAUCUAUAUAUUUCAAGCAUUUAUGUAAAGGUGGGCUUCAGCUAAGGCUUUGCUGUUUCUGCCCUGUUCCCCAGGGCAGCAGCUGCAGGCUUUUCUAAUGGGUCUUGGUGGGGGGGGGGCGUCUGCUUGUUUAAUGGAAACAUUUUAUCGAAUGUUCAACACUGCGAAUUUUGCGCUCUUUUCUGUAGCAGCUGUUUGUGACCCUGCUUGACAACUGCAUUUUAUGUUUGAACAAAAUCGAUGGUAUCACAGCAUGUAACAUAUUAACAUAGUCUUGCUUUUCGCCUGGUGACAUAGUAAACCGUUUUCAAAAGGUGGAUGUGGCUUGCCUUAAUCGAAUAGGAAUUAAAUGUGAGAACUUCC